AUGAAUAAACACUUCAAAACGUUCAAUUCAGCAUCGACAUACGAGCUUACAGACUUGUGUUUGCGUCUGUGCUCGAGUGAAAUCAAUAUGAAGCGCACAUUUUCAGGUGAUGAAUUUGAUACAAAUGCUGAUGGUCUUGUUAACUCCAACUCUCAAAUGACAGAUAUUACUAAAAAAAGUCGUUCUGAACCAGCGUUACCUUCUCGUGUUGUUCAUUUACGAAAUAUAGAAGCCAGUGAACUUGAAGUUGUUCAACUUGGUCUUCCGUUUGGUCGAGUAACAAAUUUUUUAAAUUUACGUAAAAAAGCACAGGCUUUUCUUGAAUUUGAUGCAACUGAUUCAGCAAAACAAAUGGUUGAUUAUUUUACAUCCAUGCCAGCUAUGCUUAAUGGUCGACAAGUUUUUGCACAAUUUUCAAAUCAUGGUGAACUUCGUACAGAUCCAACGAAUCGUACAAAUCAACAAGCACAUGUUGCUUUAGUACAAGCUACUGAUCUUUAUGAAACAGCACAAAAAGGUGGACCAAAUUGUGUAUUACGUGUUAGCAUUAUUAAUAUGUUAUUUCCUGUCACUAUUGACGUAUUGUAUCAGAUCUUUAGUAAAUUUGGUACAGUACUUAAAAUUAUUACAUUUACAAAAAAUGAUAAAUUUCAAGCAUUAAUUCAAUCAAAAGAUCCAAUUGGAGCAGCACAAGCAAAAUUACAAUUACAUGGACAAAAUAUUUAUAAUGGUUGUUGUACACUUCAAAUCGAAUAUUCAAAACUUCAUUCACUUACAGUUAAAUUUAAUAAUGAUAAAAGUCGAGAUUAUACUAAUCCAACAUUACCCUCAGGCGAAGGAACUAUAUCACAACAACAAGAAUUAGAACGAAUGCAUUCAAACGCUAAUCUUCUUCCAUUACAACGAUCAAGUUCUAAUGAAGAUUAUCGUUAUGAUUAUUAUACUGCACCAACUCGUGGUAGACCUCCAUCAGCUACUGGAACACCUAGCUAUGAAAUUCAAGGUAGAACACAAAAACUAAAUUUCUUUCGAAAAGAAUAA